UUUAUAUUCUAACCAGCCAAUCAGAGGCUAAUGUAGAAGAUAUGUCGAUCUGAACUACUUUGUCAACCUGUUUAAGUUAAAUGAGAAAUGGACUCGAACGAAACAUGUUCAGACUGUGUGUAACCGCACUCAACAGCUGAACAUGUUCACCUGAAGUAGUUCAGACUCCCGUGUAACCGCGCCCUUAGUUAGGUUAGGAAAAAAAAAAUAAAAAAUCGGGCGAAUCUUUGGCUGUCCCAAUUUCAGAGAAAAAGAACAAUUUGAAAUCUUUGUUUACUUCUUUGAGUAGUGCUCGUUGUUUCUGUACUCCUUGGUACAAAUUAGGAAUGAUUAUUGUUGGUUAUAAACGUUGUUUUCAGGUUAAGUAGAGGAAUAAUUAGUUUCAUUAAAACAUUUUCCGGUAUUUCAUUAUUUUAUCUACGGAAAAGUCGUGAUGUAAGAUGGCGACAGAACGCACGUGCCUCGAGGAUCCAGUGAGGCUGGAGCCGUGUGACGGAGGGUUGUCGAGCGUGAAGGAGGAGGUCAAGAGUGAAGACGAGGCAGAUUGGAGUACUGCUCCAGCCAUGACUGUGACAGGGCCCAGCAUCAAGGUGAAGGAGGAAAUGACAUUUGAAGAUGGUGUAUUGAUCGGACAGCUGGAUGGAACUUUCUCACUUGCAGAGCACGGACGAAGCAGUGACUUGUGCAAGCAGGAAGGGGGGACCGUGGUUGCAAGAGACACGGAACCAGCCGUGAAUGAUCACGAGAUGACAGCUCAGUCCAGUCGCUCAUUUCAGCCGGCUCAUUUGGAGAUGUUGAGACCGAGUGUGGAGGAGAAAGGCACAGAAACAAGACCGUCAGUGAAUCUCAAGGGAGGUGCAUCUGUGAUUCCCAACAAAAUCAGUGGCAAACACAACAAUGGGAGUCCCUUCACAUGUUCAGUAUGUUCUGCUACAUUUGCUAAAAAGAGUAAUCUUCGUAGACAUUGUAUGAAACACACUGGGGAGAGGCCAUUCUCAUGUUCAUUAUGUUCUGCUACAUUCAAUCGAAAGGGUGCUCUUAGCAGCCAUUUUAUGAAACACACUGGUGAGAGACCAUUCUCAUGUUCAGUAUGUUCUGCUACAUUCACUAUAAAGAGUAAUCUUCGUAGACACUGUUUGAAACACACUGGGGAGAGGCCAUUCUCAUGUUCAUUAUGUUCUGCUACAUUCACUCUAAAGAGUUAUCUACAUAGACACUCAAUGAAACACACUGGUGAGAGACCAUUCGCAUGUUCAGUAUGUUCUGCUACAUUCACUCAAAAGAGUGAUUUUCGUAGACACUCAAUGAAACACACUGUUGAGAGACCAUUCGCAUGUUCAGUAUGUUCUGCUACAUUUGCUAAAAAGAGUAAUCUGGUUGUACAUUUGAGGAUACACAAUGGGGAGAAACCAUUCUCAUGUUUAUUUUGUUCUGCUGCCUUCACUUUAAAGAGUCAUCUUCAUAGACACUGUAUGAAACACACUGGGGAGAGGCCAUUCAAAUGUUCAGUAUGUUCUGCUACAUUCACUCUAAAGAGUUAUCUACAUAGACACUCAAUGAAACACACUGGUGAGAGACCAUUCGCAUGUUCAGUAUGUUCUGCUACAUUCACUCAAAAGAGUGAUUUUCGUAGACACUCAAUGAAACACACUGUUGAGAGACCAUUCGCAUGUUCAGUAUGUUCUGCUACAUUUGCUAAAAAGAGUAAUCUGGUUGUACAUUUGAGGAUACACAAUGGGGAGAAACCAUUCUCAUGUUUAUUUUGUUCUGCUGCCUUCACUCUAAAGAGUCAUCUUCAUAGACACUGUAUGAAACACACUGGGGAGAGGCCAUUCAAAUGUUCAGUAUGUUCUGCUACAUUUGCUGAAAAGAGUUAUCUUCGUAAACACUGUAUGAAACACAAUGGGGAGAGGCCAUUCUCAUGUUCAUUAUGUUCUGCUACAUUUGCUGAAAAGAGUUAUCUUCGUAAACACUGUAUGAAACACACUGGGGAGAGGCCAUUCUCAUGUUCAUUAUGUUCUGCUACAUUCAAUCGAAAGGGUGCUCUUAGCAGCCAUUUUAUGAAACACACUGGGGAGAGACCAUUCUCAUGUUUAUUUUGUUCUGCUGCCUUCACUCUAAAGAGUCAUCUUCAUAGACACUGUAUGAAACACACUGGGGAGAGGCCAUUCAAAUGUUCAGUAUGUUCUGCUACAUUUGCUAAAAAGAGUAAUCUGGUUGUACAUUUGAGGAUACACAAUGGGGAGAAACCAUUCCUAUGUUCAGUAUGUUCUGCUGUGUUCGCUCGAAAGAAUGGUCUUCGUAGACACUUUAUUAUGAAACACACUGGUGAGAGACCAUUCGCAUGUUCAGUAUGUUCUGCUACAUUUGCUGAAAAGAGUGAUCUUCGUAGACAUUGUAUGAAACACACUGGGGAGAGACCAUUCUCAUGUUCAGUAUGUUCUGCUACAUUUGCUGAAAAAAGUUAUCUUCGUAGUCACUUUAUGAAACACACUAGGGAAAGACCAUUUUCAUGUGCUCUGUGUUCAGCUAAGUUUGCUGAAAAGAGUAAUUUGAGGAUUCACAUUAAGACAGUACACUUAGCUGUGUAGGCUUUUACAAGUAGUUAGCAACAGAAAAGGAAAACAGCAAAUUGUUGCAAUUGAAAUGUCUUAGAGAUUACCUAAAAAUAAAAAAUAAUAAUACUAAAUAAAAUUUAAAAAAAUUGGUAUUUUAUUUAAAAAGUUGAGUUUUUUUCCUAAUAUUUGACGAAAAGUUGUGUUUUUAAAAAUGGAUAUAAUGGCAGGAUAAUACUGUAUGUUUCGCAUUAUCAAUCAUUUUAGUGUUUUGUCAUUAAUGAACAGCAAACACUUGUUGCUUAUAUUGAAAGUGUAAAUGAGAAUUUCAUUUGAUCUUAUUUAACUGAUAUUUCAUUAUUUUCAAUCUCGUCACUUUUAUUUUUAUAAUUUCUUUGCAUAAGUGAAGUUAAAUUUUUUGAGUAAUAAACAAUUAUGUAGCACCUUUAAAAGUGGAUGUAUUUUACCAAAACACCCAAAUAAACUGUGCACAAUUUUUCGUAAAAGUGUUGAAAUAGCGCGGUGUGCAGUUUUUUCCAAAACUUGAAAUGCCGCGUGGCAACACUGCAUAGCACAGGUUACAUCAAGCUGCAAAGUUGCCUUGGUCAGGGUGGCCAGACAACCGGGAAAUCGGGAAAUGCGGGAUAUAGCCAGGAUUUCUUAAAAAUCCAGGAAUACCUGGAAUCAACCAGGAAUUUUUAUUAGAACCAGGAAUUUUUUUAUGAAGUAACGAUUGCAAUAACAUACGGCUGUUGAAAGCCUAUGAUGCAGAAACUUGAACGUGAGCACGUUCACCACCCGUCGAAGCACGACAGUAUGCUUGUGAGCUAUAUUUUGUGAAAGUUAAUUUGUUCAUAUUGCAUUUAAAAACUUUUGUAGUACGUAAGAAACCGUUAACAAUUCAGACUUCCAUACUUAUUAUGUUUCUGUAUUCAAAAGCAACAGCAUUUUGACUGAAAAUGUUGUUGUAGGGUGGUAGUAAUUUCUCGCACGGCAUGUUGGUAGCACUAGUUUUGUAUAUAUUUAUAUAUUUUUUACUUUGCGCUCAUGUUGUUGCGUCAUGGUAUCACGGAUACUUUUCUCGUGUUUUUUAAAAGUUUAGUUGUGCGGGACUUUGUUUUGAAUUUUUUAAUCUAACAUGUAAUUUGCGCAGACUAUCAAAAUGUCAAAGAGUUCAGUCACCACAUGCAAUGACAAAUAUACGGAAGAGUUGAAUGGGUGGAGAAAGAUCCAAAGUGCAGGACAAAUGCCAUUUGCAAUUUGUGUAAUGUUAAAAUCAAUAUCGGUAGCAUGGGAAGAACAGCAUUAGCCAGCCACACAAGAGGGGCAAAACACGUGCGUUUGGUGUCAAGUAAGAAAAAUAAUUUGCCACUGGAUUAUUUUGUGAAGAAAAGAGAAAGAUAUGUGAUUUCUACAACAACAAGUAGUUUGUCUGUGCCAUGUCCAAGUACAUCAGUUGCGUCACAAUCAAAUCCAGAAGUUUCAGGUAUGACAAAAUAUUUGCUUAAUGAAGAUGCGGCAAAAGCGGAAAUUGUUUGGUGUAUAGCAACUGUAAUGAAUCACUUAUUUCGUAGUGCUGUAUCUCUGGCAUCAUCACUGCCCCUCGUGUUUCCUGACAGCAGUGUUGCCAGUAAAAUGCAGAUGCAAAGAACUAUGUUAGCCUAUACAAUCGUUCAUGGUAUUGCACCAUAUUUCAGAGAUAAACUUACAAACUUCAUCGAAGUGUGUGACCACAUAGUUAUUGGAUUUGACGAGAGUUUAAAUAAAGUUUCUCAAAGGCAGCAGAUGGAUAUUCAUGUGAAAUUUUUAAAUGAAACUAAAUCUGAGGUUACUAGCAGAUACUUAACUUCUGCAUUCCUGAAUCGUACAUGUGCCAGUGAUCUGUGGAAUUCUCUUCAGGAAUUGAGGAUAAUUGAUGGAUGGUCCUAAUGUUAACUAAAAGUUGUUAGAGAUCUUGAAGCUACUUUGCAUGAUGGGAGUGCAGAUGCACCUCAUUUACUUAAUUUGGGUACAUGUGGCCUGCAUACAUUACAUAAUGCAUUUAGGGUUGGAUUUGCUGCAACUGGCUGGAAGCUAUUAUCUUUGAAAGAUUUGUGCAAUGGGAGUGCAUGACUUGAUGUAAGCUUUUGGACGUACGCCAUUGCUAAGCACUUUUUCUGUAGAAGAAAACUAAAAAAAUACCCAAAAGACAAAAACACAAAUUAAGCAAAAAAUUGCUGUUGUCAACAUGAUAUACCGUAUUUAUUCUCAUAUAGGUCGCCAUCGCAAAUAGAUCGCACCCAUAAUUUGAGGUCUUGAAUUUGGUAUUUAAGAUUCCCCCCAUAUAGGUCGCACCGGUAAUUUAAUGACUCGAACAGCCGGCGCGCUGGGCACGAAAGAGUUAACGGGUACUGUAAAACUCCGCUACUACGAGAGCUGAUAAUGGCGUGAUAAAUUGUUGUAACAACAAGUACUCGCAAUAACCGAAUAUAGAAAAUUGAAGUUAAGUUAGAUUCCUGACUUCUUAAAAUGUCUUAAUUAUUUUAGAAUAUAACUCGAAAACAGUGCUUUGUGUUGAAAAAAUGAACAUUUUAAAUCGCAAAAUAUACAUAUUUUAUAACAUGAAAAGUUGCUUUUAUUUCUAAACAUGUAAUAAUUUAAGCCUAGGCGUGUAAAAGUACGAGUAAUUAUAGCAGGAGACAAUCUAAAAUGUACUAGGGAAAAACGUAAAAUCACGAAUGUAUAAACGUAACGGAAUUGUCAGGAAUAUUACGUAGCUGCUAAUACUGUAUUUAUGUCACAACUUAGCUGAAGUACUGGUACGAGACAUAAACUUCACAAGAUAAAAUGAGCGGAGUCUUGGUAACUCUUUUAUACGUAUUAUAUAAUUUCAGAAUUAUUGUACAGUUGACGCAUAUUUUUUAAACUAACCAUUUAUAUCUGGGAAUCGUAAAUAAUUAAUUAUUGCUAUCAAGACAUCAAGAUUAACGUAAACUUGAACACGUCACAGCAGCGAGAAAACUGGUGCGUAUACCAAUAAACUGGUAUUAGAACUGGAAAAAACUUGCACACGGGAGGUGUAGCUUAUAUUUUUUUCCGCUACGCUCGCUUCUAUUGGCUGGCUGCUGAUGGAAGGUCACAAGUCUGGGCGGAGCGUUGAGUGAGUUAUACUGCGCAUGCGCAGCUCAGAGAACAGAGAGAGCCAGCCGGCGGCUACGUCGCGCCAUAACAACAGCUGAUCGUCUACAAUGACCUUUCUCCAAGCACGGCGUGCUAUUGACGGUAAAUUUCCAUCAAUUUUCGGCCCUUUUUUUAAAUUUUUUUACUGUGGUGCAAUGCUUAUGUAUAAUGUAGCCCGUAUUUGUUCUGAACGCUGCAGGAUGCGACUGUAUUUUAAUUAACUUUAACGUAUUUCUUACUUUUCCCUUUAUUUACACUUUCCCACUUUUUACACUUUUUUACUUUGUCCCCAUGAAAAUUGCAAAUAAGGUGUUUUGCUGUAAACUUCUUUUUCGCACUUUAAAGCAAAAUAUUGCAAAAAAAAUUCCUCAAAAAUUUUUCUUUACGUAUAGGUUGCACUAAAUUUUUUUCCCAUCAAAUCUGGUAAAAUUGCCGUGACCUAUAUGCAAGUAAAUACGGUAAACACCACAUAAUAUUCCAUAACAGGAAUAUGGUCAACAAACAAAGAAAAACAAUGAAAAAUGGACUAAAAGAUUGAAAAAACCCCUACAAAUGAUGACAGCACAAAAAUAUUGAACCAAAAAAAAAUUCAGCACAACAGUUGAAACGAGACAAAAACACGGCAAAACGAAAAAUACGAAACAAACACAAUAGUUUUCAAAACAGAAACAAGCAACGUUUCGGGAACUGCUAUCUGCUCCCGUCCUCAGGCAGAGACACACAUGGUAUGAAAACACAGGUGCGACUGAGUAGGGGCCAUUUUUCAUUGUUUUUCUUUGUUUGUUGACCAUAUUCCUGUUAUGGAAUAUUAUGUGGUGUUUAUAUCCUGUUGACAACAGCAAUUUUUUGCUUAAUUUGUGUUUUUGUCUUUUGGGUAUUGUUUAGUUUUCUUCUACAGAAAAAGUGCUUACGAAUGGCGUACGUCCAAAAGCUUACAUCAAGUGGCUGGAAGCUAGUACAGUUUUUGCGUGCUCUAUACAAUUUGUUCAAAAACUCCUUCCAGAAGAGGAGACUUCAUUCGGUACUCAAAGUCAAAUAGAUUCCCCUUGAAAUUUUGUGCGGUUAGGUGAGUGGAAAAUGUUAUUCGCUUCCAGAGCUCAGGAAAUACUACCAGAUUUGGUUACAUAUUAGAGCUGGGCCGAUGCCAAUCCCCGAUCAUAAUAAUCGGCCAAUUUUGUUAAUUUGGCCGAUCAUAAUGAUCAGCAAAACGUAGCCGAUUAUUUUAGCCGAUCAUUGGUCUCCUACUGCAAACUUAUAACAUUGAAUAAUUACCUAUACCUAACAAAUUUCCAUGUUUGUUUACAGUACUUUUCAGGAAGAAAAUUCAAUAAUUCAUCAAAAAAUAAAUGAUUUAAUAAUUAUAACUAACCACACACGAAAAAAAUAUACCAAUAAAGUAAACAAAUAGCGUAAGUUUUAUAAACUUUGAACAGUUACAUACCUAAGUAUCAAUUUCCACGUAUAUUUACAGUACUUUCGGUAAAAUAAUUUUCCAUUAUACUAUUUGCAAAUUUAUUUCUUAUCAUUUACGAACCGAAAACUAUGUAUUUGUUUACCAUUUACGGUUAAUAUUACCGCAAUGGCGAAUGGCGACUGUUGUUUAUGUUGGUUAUGUGACGCCAGAGAUGUCGCGUGACGGAAUUCGUACGGAUUAAUGGCGCUAGUAGUCUCGUGGUUAGAAAACAACUAAGUACCUCUUCGGGAAGUCAUCUAUUUAUUUUUUUCUCGCUAAAUAUGGCCUAUUGAAAGUUUUUUUUAGCGAAAUCAAUAUUCUUAUCCUGUUUGGCGGGAAAUAAAGCUUAUUUUUCUUUUGUAUAAAAACCUGGUUGAUGAAGAGUUUUGUCCCCCAUUUAGUGGUACAGUAUAACCUUGUUAAUCCGUGACGCGCUAAUUCGGGAAUUGGAUAAUCCGGGACGAUUUAAAAGUGCAGAAAAAAAAGAGAAGUAAAAAUUGUCAGCGCUUAAAAUUAACGUCACGCGGGCCGGCGGCCGGCAAACACUGCAAGCCAUCGCGUGGGACGCCAAACUUUGACAGCUGUUUGUACCGACCCUUUGUGUCGCCCCCCUUUCAGCUGUCACAUUUGUCACUCUUUAAACUUGAGGUGGAUGUCCUGACUUCUGCUUCCGGUCUCCCGUUUGUUUGAAUGUUGCUUCACGUGCUGCUGAGUUACUUUCCGCCCGCCAACGCAUGGCAGGCGCCUGGCGAGUGACAUGUCUGGCUGGCAUUCGGCUUGGGUAGGGAGGGGGGAGGGGGAAAUGGGGCCUACUCAAAAUUUAUGUGUGCAAGGUCAGCAUGAUCUUAUCUUUCUCUCUUCGGCUGCUGUAAAUGACCGUGAAUUAAUGGCUAGGCAGUGCCGUAUUUUUUUAAGCCGAGACUAAUUCAAAGAGGGCCCUUACCGUGAACGGAUUAUCCGGGUUUAUUAUUUUUUCUUUCAAAGGAUUUCAAUUAUCCGGGCAUCGGCGGGUCCCAAUUAACACGAAUAAUGGCGAGUUUACUAUUUUUUAUCCAUCUGCUGCCAAGGCGCAGUAAGCCUCGGGAGAUGUUAUGUUACAUGACCUUGGCCUUAACCCAGCUGCACGCCGGUGUCUGAGAAGCUUGACAAGACCUUCCGGGCUUUUAAUCGCUAGUUCGUGAAAUUCGGUAAUCCGUGAUUAUCUCGGUCCCGACCAUCACGAAUUAACGAGGUUCUACUGUAUUUCGUAUUUACAAAUUAACUUACAAUCGGGAAUUAUUGAAAGUUUGUUGGCGGCACUGGGGGGAAGGAAGGGCAAUAAAAAUAUCUUCGCUGACCUCUACUGACACACGGAUCAUAGAAUGAUGGAGUUAUGAUUAAUUAUUAUUAUAAUAAACAAUUAUUUAAUUAGAAUUAAGGACAGUGUGUUGAGUGACCAAUAAUGCAUUAUUGGAAUUGAAGCAUGCACAACUUUAUAGUGAAAUGUAGGUUUAGUAAUAUGGUUUUGGUUGUAAUUGUAAUUAGUAUUGAAAAUUUAAAUUUGAAAUUCUCUCCUUAAGUAAUUCACACUUACAUUAAAAAACUGUCAAUUUUAAAUCCUGUAAUGUUGCUUGGAUAGGCCACACAUUUCCAGUGUUUUUUCAGGUUGUUUAAAAUUUAGUUUAUUACAAAAUUAAUCAAUUCAGAGGUACUUGAAAGGCUCUAAUCGUCUCAGAAGAUCGGCAAGAUCGGCAGCAGAUGAUCGGCAUCGGCAUGAUUGGCAAAAUAGGUGAUCGGCCCAGCUCUAUUACAUAUGCUGAUAGGAUAACCAAAGAGAAAAAAGUCCCUAAUUGUUAAAGUUUCAAAAUUGUGUCAGAGUUAUUACAAGACAAAUUAUUAGGGCCAAAGCUGGCUUUCUUCAGUGCUAUGGCUACUGAAGUGGAACCCUUUUUAAAGGAAUUCAAAAGUGUUGUCCCAUUGGUUCCUUUCCUUCACAGUGCUCUCCAUUCACUGUUAAAAUCAAUCAUUGGAAAGAUUUGUAAAAGAAGAUGUGCUUAAGAAGAAAGGGCUUUCAAAGAUUGAUUUGUGAGCCAGUGAAACCCUUAUACCUGCAAUGAAUAUUGAUUUGGAUUUUGCUACAAGAGAUUCUUUAAGGAAAUUGAAAUCUCAUGUGAAAAACAUAGACUUACUUCUCUUCAACCAAGAUUGUGCAAAAUUUUACAAAUACUUUGCUAUCAAGAUUCUCUUAAAGACACCUCUGGCAUACAAAUUAGCUAAGUCUGUAACCUGUCUGGAUCCACUCGUCAUUGCUAGUAGUAGCGCAUUGGCACAACAGAGAAACACUUGUUGAAAAAGGAUGGAUCAGUGGAUUAUUUGCAGAGAAAGUAAAAAGUGACUUCCAAAAAAUCUGUAAUUUACCAAAAAAUUCAAGAAUGUGUUAAAUCAUACACAAUAAGUAAUUCACGUUUGGACCAUUUCUGGAUGACAGCAGUUGGAUUGAGUGAGCUCUUUCCAAAUUUUAUGUCACUUGUAAAAAUUGUGCUUAUCUUAUCUCACGGUAAUGCAUCUGUAGAAAGGGGCUUUUCAAUAAAUGCUAAGUGUGUUGUAGAAAAUCAGCUUGAAGAAAGCUUAAUAGCUUUGCAACAAGUGUAUGACUAUGUGUCAGUUCUGGGCAGUAUAAAUAAUCUUCUGAUAGAUAAAAGUCUUAUCCAUUCUUGUAAAAUUGCUCAUUCAAGGUACAAAGAACAUUUAGAACUGAAGAAAAAAAGAACGCAAGAAGAAAUUACCAAUGCUCAAGUCAAGAAACAAAAGGUUUUGGAGAUCAAGAAACUGGAGGCAAAAAAGGCCAAACUACUUGCUGAUGCAGCAAAUAUGGCUGCAUUAAUUGAAGCGGAAAUUGCAAUGAAAAAACAGUAAAAGGUUUGCAUAUUUUGUGUAAAUAAGUUGAGUUCGGCAAAUACAGUUAUCCCUCGAUUAGUCGGACCUCGAUGUUCCGGACAUCGGAUAAGUCGGACAACCAUUAAAAAUAAAUAAAUAAAUUUAAAAAA